AUGGUUAUAAACCUGAGCCUGAGCUCCUCGCCGCCGGUGGUUAGCUCGGCGAUAGGCACGUCGCCCGUGAGAGGUCCUCGUCGCGGUGACGAUACCGACGAGCUCGCCAGCGAGACGAUUCCUUGUUCGCCGUACCAGACCCAAGCCACACAGAUAGUCAACCGGACUUCCCUUGCGUCCCCAUCAAAGCCGCAUUCCGAUCUGUCCUCCUCCCCUUCACGCUCGGUUAUCGAGGUUCCUGCGUCGUCCCCUUUCCAGCCGACCAACAAGCCUAGCACCUCGAGCUACUUCUCGCGUCUCGUGCCCCCGGGCACUCGCUUCCAGCCGCCCCCCAAGUCGCAGCCGACGCCGAGGUCACUCAAAAGACCCUCUGAGGAACCCGUGGUUGUGGACUCUUCGGACGACGAGGACAACCGUAGCUCUCGCGAGAACAUCGCCCGGACGUCGUUCAAGAGACAUGUCUCCAACUUCGAAUACGUGCCUGUAGAUAAGUUGCAGAAGAAGAUUGAGGAGGUCGCCCAAGCUCUCGGCAACACGAUGCCGGUUCAAUACUGCAAGGAGGCACUGACCGCGUGCCACAAUAACGUUGAGGAUGCGAUCAAUUACCUGCUGGACGCUCGGCAUCUCAAGCCUAAGGUCAACACCUUCGUAAGCUCUACAAAGCCAGCUGUCACUGCUGGGGGCGAAAGACCUACGAGCUUGGAGCGAAAGACGAGCCGAUCUGGCGAGCCCAGCAAGCCGAAGCUACUUGGACGCCAUGCCCCGAGCCUGCCUACUCCUUCACGAAGCACCACACCCUCACCACCCAAGCCGAAGCGUCGCCGCUUGAUGCAAGGUCGUCGCCCUGACCGGUCACCUGUUUUAUCACAGCAGACCCACGAAAUUGAACCGACAUUGGACGAACUUGCGGACGACAAGGUCGACGAGCCGAUUGUCAUUCCCGACGACAAUGAAGAUGAGGACUUUGACAACGAGGAUGAGGUGAACGAGGCGGUCAAGGAGAGUUUGUAUGACAAGGCUCUUCAGGCCAUCAACAACAGCUCCAUCGAGGAUCUGUCCGCCAUGACGAAUAUCAAACUGGACGAGCUCAAAGUCAUUGAGACCAAGAGACCUUUCGACACCAUCGACGAGGUUCAGGCCGUCACUGUCCUCAAGAAAUCAAGCGCUCGCAGCCGGAAGCCCAGAGUCGCGAUCGGAGAGACAUUGGUUGACGCGAUCAUGGAGUUUACUCGCAGCGUCAACGCCAUUGACGAGGUGGUAGCCGAAUGCGAGAAGAAGGCGAACAAAGUCAAGCAAGAGAUCAACCUUUGGGAUCUCGACGUCAAGGGACAGAAACGGAGCACCCAGAGCUCCCAGGCCAAGAACGAUGUCCCCCUGACGCCGACAAGUUUCCGCGGCCAGAAGUUCUUGGAGCCGCCGAUUCCUUGCCAACCAAAAUUCAUGGAGGGCCACUGCACCAUGCGUCCAUUUCAACUUUUCGGUCUGAACUGGAUGUCACUUCUGUACCAAAGUGGCUAUGGAUGCAUUCUGGCCGAUGAAAUGGGUCUGGGCAAGACGUGUCAGGUCAUCUCUCUCAUCUGUCAUCUCGUUGAGAGUUACGAGCAAACUGGAAAAGGCGAUCGGCCGUGGCCCAACCUCGUCGUCGUGCCACCGUCAACCUUCUCCAAUUGGAUGGUUGAGUUCCAACGGUUUGCCCCUGAUCUUUCGGUUCUUGCGUACCAAGGUCCUCAAGCCGAGCGCAGGGAUAUCGCAUACGAGAUGCUCGAGAAUCCUGCUGACUAUCAUGUUGUAUUGACGACAUACACACAAGUCGGUUCUGAGGAUGAUCUGGAGGCUCUCCGAGAACUUCAGCCCGCCGCCGCAAUCUUUGACGAAGGACACAAAAUGAAGAACCCAAAGACCAAGAUCUACAAAGACCUCAUCAGAAUCAAGGCUCGGUGGAGGAUGCUACUCACCGGCACGCCCGUCCAGAACAAUUUGAUGGAGAUGCUCUCUCUGUUGAACUUUAUCGAUCCAAAGCAGUUCAGCGGCCGGAUGGAUCAGCUCCAGUACAUGUUCAGUCAGAAAGUCACGAUUCGUGACGUCAACAAUGGUGCCUUCCUAUACGGAGCACGCGUCAGCCGAGCCAGAACGAUUCUUGAGCCUUUCAUCUUGCAACGUCGCAAGCAGCAGGUGCUCUCCGACAUGCCAGCCAAGAUCUGCAACGUGGCAUAUUGCGAUCUGGCACCGGUGCAGAAAGAGUUGUAUGAGGAGUACGAGCGUCUCUUCAAGGCCGGGCCGGUCAAGAAGACCAGCACCGGACGUCAGAGCGAUCAGAACAACAGCUGGAUGCAGCUCCGGAAGGCUGCCCUUCACCCCCAGCUCUUCCGGCGUUACUUUGACAACAAGAAGGUUGAACAAAUGGCCAAGAUUCUGAUGAGAGAGGUGCCUCAAUCGGAGCUGCAGCAGCCGCGAAUCGACCAUCUGAUUGGAGAAUUGAAGAAUUCCUCCGAUUUUGAACUGCACCUCUGGUGCCGCGACUAUGCCUGCAUCAGGCAUCUCGAUGUACCUGAAGGUUCAUGGAUGGAUAGUGGCAAGGUCACCAAGUUGCUGGAACUCAUCCAUCAAUAUCGUGACAACGGCGACCGUGUUUUGGUUUUCAGCAAGUUCGCAAAGGUCAUCGAGAUCCUUCGAGAGGUCCUCCACACCGACGGCAUCAAGCACUGUGUCCUGUAUGGCCAAACCAGCGUUGGAGAGCGCCAGGACCUGAUUGACGACUUCAACAAGGAUACUGAUAUCACUGCUUUCCUGUUGACGACUGGUGCCGGCGGUACCGGCAUCAACCUGACGUCAGCGAACAAGAUUAUCAUCUUCGAUCAGUCCGACAACCCGCAAGACGACAUCCAGGCCGAGAACCGCGCUCAUCGUCUGGGUCAGACCCGGGACGUCGAGGUCAUUCGUCUCUUGACGUCACACACCAUUGAGGAGCUCAUUUACAAGGCGUGCCAGAAGAAGAUUGAGCUCGCCGAGAAGGUCACCGGUGCGGUGGAAGACAUGGAGGACAAGAAUGCGGAAGAAAACUUGGAGAAGGAGGUUCGGAAGAUGAUGGCGGAUCAGCUAACACCCUCAUGA